AUGCAGACUCACAAUUUUCAACAAAUUGUUCUCUGCAGCUGCUCAAAAAAAUUAAAUAAAUAAACAAAAUAGUUGUAGAAAUUCACCAUAAUUAUAAUUAUGCCUUCGUUAGAGGAGGAAUUGUUUCCGUCUACACCUGGAAAAUUCAAGGACAGAAAUCGACAUUUUCAUCGAUGUUUUGCAUCAACAAGCACGAUGUUUCUAUGGGCAUUGUUUUUAAUAGCUUUAACAGCUUCAUAUUUGUGUUUUCAGUCGUUUAUGGAUUCCGGUAACCGGUAUUUCACCGCUACAUGGGGCGGUCAUCAUUGGGAGAAAAAUGUUAUCAAUUCCGCUCAGAUCCGCCGUUCUCACGGCGGAAUGUCGGUGUUGGUUACCGGCGCAGCUGGUUUCGUCGGUUCCCACGUCUCCCUCGCCUUGAAAAAAAGAGGCGACGGAGUUGUAGGAAUCGAUAAUUUCAACAAUUACUACGAUCCGUCGUUGAAAAAAGCCCGGAAGAAUCUACUCAACCAGAAUUCCAUUUUCAUUGUUGAUGGUGAUAUUAACGAUUCGAAAUUGUUAGUUAAGCUGUUUGACAUUGCUCGAUUUACACAUGUAAUGCAUCUGGCAGCUCAAGCUGGAGUUCGUUACGCCAUGGAGAAUCCAGGUUCGUACAUUCACAGUAAUAUCGCCGGCCUGGUAACCCUACUCGAAGUUUGUAAAAAUUCGAACCCGCAACCCGCCAUUGUUUGGGCGAGCUCAAGUUCUGUUUACGGGUUAAACGAAAAAGUACCAUUUUCCGAAUCGGAUCGGACGGAUCAACCCGCUUCGUUAUAUGCCGCUACAAAAAAAGCAGGUGAAGAAAUUACACAUACUUAUAACCAUAUUUACGGGUUAUCGAUAACCGGGUUAAGAUUCUUCACUGUUUACGGACCGUGGGGAAGACCCGACAUGGCGUAUUUCAGCUUUACCCGUAACAUAUUGCAAGGGAAACCGAUUACGGUUUAUCGGGGCAAGAAUCGGGUUGAUUUAGCCCGGGAUUUUACCUACAUUGAUGAUGUGGUAAAAGGUUGUAUCGGGUCACUUGAUACUUCGGGUAAAAGUACCGGGUCGGGUGGGAAGAAACGGGGACCCGCUCCGUAUCGGAUAUUUAAUUUGGGUAAUACGUCUCCGGUGACAGUUCCGAUGAUGGUUGCGAUGUUGGAGAAGCAUUUGAAGGUUAAAGCUAAGAAGAAUUUCGUCGUAAUGCCCGGAAACGGCGACGUUCCGUUUACUCAUGCGAAUAUAAGUUCGGCCCGGAAAGAAUUCGGGUAUAAACCCACAACCGAUUUGCAAACCGGGUUAAAAAAGUUUGUUAAAUGGUAUCUCUCUUAUUAUGGCUAUGAUCAAGGAAAGUUGUAAAUUGAUAAUUAAUUUUUUUUUUAAUUUCAUGUUGUGGUUAUUUUAGAUUUUUUUUCUUUUUUUUAAUCACAAAAGCAAAAAAAAAAAGAGGAAAAAGAAAAGGUGAAUACCAAUUCUUUUUUUAAAAAAUUAUUAUUAUUAUUAUUAUUGGGGAAAGAGGAGGGGAAAAGAUUUGAUAAACUCCCUUUCCCUUUUUUAGAACAACUUGUUAUUGCUUUCCUUGUAAAGGAUAAAAGAAGUUUAUUAUUCUUUGUCUCA